AUGGAUAGUUCUUUUGACUAUGAGAUCACAAGUUUUGAUUUAUAUAGAGGACUAGAUGCGUUACAAAGAUUUGUUGACAAACUCGAAGAGGAGCUGGAAGAAAUUCAAGCAAAUUUAUCAGAACCUGCGGAUAUAAUUAUGGAACCCGAGGGUUAUAAAAGACAUAAAACAUCAAAAAAUUGUUGGAUAUAUAAGAAAGAAUUUCCGAAUCAAGCUCUACUUAAAACAAUGGUUUGUUGUUCUAAUACUGGAAAUUAUAUUGGAGGAGCGCAUCAAGGCUGUAAACGAAGAAAUGAAAUAAUUGGUCCAAAAUGGUGGGAACAACAGAGCAUUGCUAGGAUAAAAUAUUCAAAGAAACUUACAAAUCAAAAUAUUAGCAAAGCAGUUUACGGACAUGCUCAAAAAACAUUUUAUGAACUAUACUAUAAUGUGUUUCAAGAUGAUGGCUUAGAUCCUUCUCACUACGUAUCAGCUCCAGGAAUGUUUAACGAUUCGCUAUACAAAAGCAGUAGAGCAGAACUAAAACUCAUGACCGAUAUGGAUCAAUAUUUAAUGGUAGAGAAUGGAAUUCGUGGAGGAAUGACAAUUUUAAGUCAUCGAUAUGCUAAAGAUAAUAAUGAAAAAUGUCCUGAUUAUGAUCCUAGCAAACCGAGAUAUUAG